UGCCUCAUAUUUACCUAUAUCAACAUGCUAUAAUAUCAUAUUUUGUUAACAGCAUUAAACAUCAUUCUCUAACCAAAAUAGGAAAUAUUUAUAAAUAAUUAUUACGGCGUUUUUUGGUAUGUGCAAACCGUUUUAACCUCUCGCCACCCCAACACACCAGAGGCUGCCAUGUUGGUUUUAUUAUGAAUGGUUACCUUCGGUACUCCAUUGUUGUUCACUGUUUGAGAUUUUGACUUUAUUAAUUGUCGCGCAAAAGCAAUUGUUUUACAAGCGGUGCUAUUACGAACAUUACAUAAAACUUGGUAUAAUCUGUAUAUAAAAACAAAUUGAACUAUGAUUCCUAUAUGGCAAAUGAUGUUGGGUGUUUGCGUCGGACUGGUUGCUUUUUUACUUGUGCGCCCACAACCGAUUGCCUAUCAACCACGCCGAAAAAGUACAAGCGACGAAAGUGAAUAUACACAAAGAUUUAAUUCAUCUCCCGGAGAUGCUUGUGUCAUUUGUCUUAGGGAAAUGAAGAAUGAUAAUAUGACAUAUCUGCGUUGCGGGCAUGCCAUGCACGAUGAUUGCUUCAAAGAGUGUAAGCAGUAUACAAAAAAUUGUCCAAUGUGCCGCCAACAAAUACAUGAUGAUGGCAAGAAGUAUAGCAGUUUAUAUAAAGACGGAAGGUAUCUUAUUUGACAUAUUUUAAUUUCUUUUUACUAUAUGAGUUUAUAUAAAUGAUUUCAUCUUAAGAACUCACAUAUAUAGCUAUGUUUUAAAUUUGUCUUAAAAAAUAAUUGUAAAAUGUAUUAAAAAAUGUUUAUUUCACAAAUCGAAUCUUAAAAUUACACAGCGUAUAUAAAACAAAAAAGAAGAAACGAUAAUAAUUACAUUAAUAAAUGAUAUAGGAAAAUAUUGAAGCAGACUUACGGAAAUAUUUACUAUAAAAAUUGUAUUAAGUGUAAGAAUUAAAUAUAGGUAGCGCGUUAUUUCUCCAGUUUUCAUGCCAACGCAAUGCUUGGAAUUCGUGCAAAAUUUUA